UUAAACCCUUCCAUUUCUCCUCUGCCUCCGUACCACCCCAGUCUGCGACCAAAAAAUUUCAUUCUACUCUCGCUUCGAUCGGCGAUCACGUAAACUCUUAUCUUGAGUGGUUCUUUGAGAAAUGCAAAUUUGUUUCAUCAACUGAUGAGAAAAAGAUCCUGCAAUGGCAUCUAGAGCAAUUUUAAGAAGGAAGAGAUUUAUUUCUGAUAACCUGAAAGCCUCAUCUCGGCUGGUCCAGAACUUCCAAUGUCUUGGGCAGGCCACGAAGGAUUUGGAGUCAUGGGAUUACACAUCCAUUGUGCAGCAUCCCUCAAGUUACAAUCAAUGGAAGGAACUGGACAAGAUUUCAAUUGCCAAAGAGGAACUGCUGGGUUCUUUUGGAGUAAGGAACUUUAGGCAUAGAUGUCAAGGAAUCACUGUUGUUGGUCUCAGAAAUAUGGGAUCGGAAUUUACUACUCCUUUGGGGGUCAGGUUGAUGACCCUUUCAGUUCGUAGUGCUUCCACUGCUACAGCUAAACAACCUGAUUUAGGCAGUGAUGAUGAGAACAAUGACGAAUUGGUUACCAAAAAGAGAAAGCAAGCUUCUGCAGAAGAAUGUGAUCAGGCUGUUGAGGGUCUGAGUACAGUAAAAGCCAAAGCCAAAGCUAAACAGUUUCAGGAAUCUCAGAAGGUUGCUAAAUCUAUUUUAAAUAGAGUAUGGUCCACAUUUCUUGGGUUUGGUUCUGCUUUAAGAGCUGUAGCCUCCAUGAGCAGAGAGGAUUGGGCAAAGAAACUUAUUCAUUGGAAACAUGAAUUUGUAUCAACAUUGCAACAUUAUUGGUUGGGUUCUAAGCUUCUGUGGGCUGAUGUGAGGAUCAGUUCAAGGUUGCUCUUAAAGCUUGCUGGUGGUAAAAGUCUCUCUAGAAGGGAAAGGCAACAGCUGACUAGGACCACAGCUGAUAUUUUUAGGCUAGUUCCCUUUGCAGUUUUUAUCAUAGUUCCAUUUAUGGAAUUUCUUCUACCAGUUUUCUUGAAACUUUUCCCCAACAUGUUGCCAUCUACGUUUCAAGACAAGAUGAAAGAGCAGGAAGCAUUGAAAAGGAGGCUACAUGCAAGAAUAGAGUAUGCCAAGUUUCUCCAGGACACUGUUAAAGAAAUGGCAAAGGAGGUUCAAAUCUCAAGGAGUGGAGAUGUUAAGAAAACUGCAGAAGAUCUUGAUGAAUUUUUGAAUAAGGUUAGGAGAGGGGCUGGUGUCUCAAAUGAUGAGAUUCUAGGCUUUGCUAAGCUGUUCAAUGAUGAGCUGACUCUGGAUAACAUCAACAGGCCUCGGUUGGUAAAUAUGUGCAAAUAUAUGGGAAUCAGGCCUAUAGGAACUGAUGCAUAUUUGCGAUAUCAGCUUCGGCAAAAACUCCGACGGAUUAAGAAUGAUGACAAGUUGAUUCAAGCUGAAGGUGUGGAGUCCCUUUCAGAAGCUGAACUUCGUGAAGAUUGUAGGGAGCGAGGCAUGCUUGGAGUGCUCUCAGUAGAAGAAAUGCGCAAAGAGCUUCAUGAUUGGCUUGAUUUGUCUCUCAAUUAUUCCGUGCCAUCUUCACUUUUGAUCCUUUCUAGGGCCUUUACUGUAUCUGGAAAGUUGAAGCCAGAGGAGGCUGUUCGAGCCACACUUUCUUCGUUGCCUGAUGAAGUUGUGGAUACUGUUGGUGUCACAGCUUUGCCAUCUGAGGAUUCAGUUUCAGGAAGGAGGAGAAAGCUGGAGUAUCUUGAGAUGCAGGAAGAACUGAUCCAGGAGGAGGAAGAGAAAGAGGAGGAAGAGCUGGAAAGGAUGAAACAAUCUAAAACUAGUGAAGAAGAUUUGGCUUUGAAGGAGAUGAUCAACCCAACAGCUAGAGAGGCACAACAACAGGCUAGGGAAAGAGCGUUGGAAAAGCAGGAUCAGCUCUGUAAACUCAGCUGUGCAUUGGCUGUUUUAGCUUCAGCAUCUUCAGUAAGCAGCGAACGAGAGGAGUUCCUGAGUCUUGUCAAUAAGGAGAUUGAACUUUAUAAUAGCAUGGUUGAUAAAGAGGGUGCAGAUGGUCAAGAAGAUGCUAUUAAAGCAUCAUAUAGAGCUGCCCGAGAAAAAAGCAAAGUGGCUGAAAGUGAUGAGGUUUCUUCAGCGCUUACUGAAAAAGUUGAUGCAAUGCUCCAAAAUCUUGAGAAGGAAAUUGAUGAUGUGGAUGCAAAAAUAGGUGACCGCUGGCAACUUUUAGACAGGGACCAUGAUGGUAAAGUUACUCCUGAAGAGGUAGCAGCUGCUGCUAUGUACUUGAAGGAUACGUUGGGCAAGGAAGGGGUGCAGGAUCUCAUUAGUAAUCUUUCUAAAGAUAGAGAUGGCAAGAUUCUUGUUGAGGACAUUGUCAAAUUGGGCAGUCUGAUAGAAGAUGAUAGUACACCGGAGGGGAGUAGGUAGAGGGUAUAUAUCUAGUUUCAACUUGAAUUUAAUAUAUGAUAACUUAGUAGUUUUACAGAUUAGCAGAUUAGUUUGUAUCUUCAUGCAUCUGUUGACAACCCACCGCUCUGCAAAAUGGUCUCUGAGGCAUAGUUACUUAUGCUACAAGAUCCAAGGAUUAAUUUUUCAGACCUUGGCUUUAUUUUCGUAUAUAAGGAAACUAUUCUUGUUCUUUUAGCAGGCUUGUGAAACAGGCGCCCUUGUCAAUGCUGUGAAA